AUGGACCACAAUGGCUCCGUCAAGCGCAAGCAACCCCCAACUUCGCCCGCCACCGACCGCCCCCUCAAGCACAUCAAGCCCGAACCCUCUGCACACGUGACAAACGGCCACGACGACACCAUGGAAGACGCCCCCAGCGAAUACAGCGCCGCCGACGACCUGCCGCCGCCUGCCCACGUUGCUGCUUCCGCCUCUGGGCCUGACACGGCCGAGUGGCAAAAGACCAUCGAGAACGUGGUGAAGAGCGUUGUCUCGAUUCACUUUUGCCAGACAUGCUCCUUUGACACAGAUCCCGCCGUCAGCUCAGAAGCUACGGGCUUCGUCGUCGAUGCCGAACAAGGCUACAUCCUCACAAACAGACAUGUCGUGGGCGCCGGGCCCUUUAUCGGCUACUGCAUCUUCGACAACCACGAGGAGUGCGACGUCCACCCCGUCUACCGCGACCCCGUCCACGACUUUGGUAUCCUGCGCUUCGACCCUUCAAAGAUUCGCUACAUGCCCGUCACCGCCCUUAAGCUACGCCCAGACAAUGCAAAGGUUGGCGUUGAGAUUCGCGUGGUCGGUAACGAUGCUGGAGAGAAGCUGAGUAUUCUGUCUGGCGUCAUCAGCCGACUGGAUCGCAACGCGCCUGAGUACGGCGAGGGCUACUCCGACUUCAACACAAACUACAUACAGGCCGCCGCUGCCGCCAGCGGAGGUUCUUCGGGCAGUCCUGUAGUCGACCGCGACGGAUAUGCCGUUGCGCUACAGGCGGGCGGACGCGCUGACGGUGCUGCGACCGACUACUUCCUGCCCUUGGACCGCCCUCUGCGCGCGCUCGAGCUGAUCCGCCAAGGCAAGCAUGUCACCAGAGGCACCAUUCAGACGCAGUGGAUACUCAAGCCCUUCGACGAAUGUCGACGAUUGGGUCUCUCUGCCGAGCUAGAAAAGGACAUCCGCACCCAGUUCCCCAAAGAAACGGGCAUGCUGGUUGCCGAGGUUGUUCUCCCCCAAGGUCCUGCAUCGAACAAGGUUGAAGAGGGUGAUCUUCUGCUGCGUGUCAACGGAGAGCUACUGACCCAGUUUGUCCGUCUCGAUGCAAUCCUGGAUGAGCACGUGGGCCAAACCAUUUCUGUGACCAUUCAGCGUGCAGGAGAGAACAUGGACGUCGAGAUUGAUGUCGGUGAUCUCCAUGCCAUUACCCCCGACAAGUUUGUUUCUGUUGCAGGUGCUUCGUUCCACGACCUCUCAUAUCAACAAGCUCGCCUAUACGCCAUCUCGCUCAAGGGCGCAGGUGUGUAUGUGUGUGAGGCGGCUGGCUCAUUCAGAUUUGCCGAUGGCUACACGUCUGGCUGGCUGAUUCAAGAAGUUGACAACCAGCCAACACCAGACCUAGACACUUUCAUUCAAGUCAUGAAGAAGAUUCCUGACCGCAAGCGAGUCGUCAUGAUGUACAAGCACCUGCGCGAUCUGCACACUGCAAACACGAGCAUUACUGCAAUCGAUAGGCAUUGGCACGCAAAGAUUCGGGUAGCAACUCGUAAUGAUACGACUGGCUUGUGGGACUUUAGCCCACUUGCCGAUGCCAUACCACCUGUGCCUCCAGUUCCACGUCGUGCCAACUUUGUCAAGAUGAGCUCUAGUUAUCCAGAGGCUGUAGACAUUGUCCGCAGUUUUGUACGCGUGCACGUCUCCAUGCCCAUCAAGCUCGACGGCUUCCCCAAGUUGAACAAGCAGGGCUAUGGUCUUGUGGUUGAUGCCGACCAGGGUCUUGUCCUUGUUUCAAGAGCAAUUCUGCCCUACGACCUGUGCGAUAUAUCCUUGAUCAUCGCCGACAGCAUUUUUGUUGAUGCAAAGGUUGUCUUCAUGCACCCGUUACAGAACUAUGCCAUUGUCAAGUACGAUGCCUCGCUAGUCAAUGCACCUGUGAAGACUCCCAAGUUUGCAACGGAUUUCAUCAAGAAGGGUGCUGAGACUAUUUUCUUUGGUAUCAACCAAAACUUCCGACCUGUUGUGGCUAAGACGGUUGUGACAGAUAUUACUACUGUUGCUAUUCCGGCUAGUGCAAUCACGCCGCGGUACCGUGCAACCAAUUUUGAUGCCAUCACCGUAGACACAAACCAGGCUUCGCAUAGCGGUUCUGGUGUGCUUAUUGCCGAGGAUGGCACUGUCCAGGCUCUCUGGCUUUCAUACUUGGGUGAGCGAACUUCGCAUAGUGGCAAGGACGUAGAAUAUCAUCUCGGUCUUGCGACACCCAACCUCCUUCCAGUACUCAACGAGAUCCGAAGCGGCAAGACUCCAAAGCUUCGUAUCUUGAACGUCGAAUUCCAAACAGUUCAGAUGAGCCAAGCUCGCGUCAUGGGUGUUUCAGAGGAAUGGAUCGAAAAGACAGAAACGGUCGAUCCAGAGCGCCAUCAGCUCUUCAUGGUCCGGAAGGUCGAUUCGGGUCAUAGCGAUGGCCUUCACGAGGGCGAUGUCCUUUUGACACUCAACGGCAAACUCGUAACCCGCUCUCCGGAUCUGGACGUUAUGUACAACAAUGAAGUCCUUGACGCAGUCAUUGUGCGCAAACGCGAAGAAAAGACCAUCAAGGUCUCUACCGUUCCAACAGAGGACCUCGAGACCGACCGUCUGGUCAGCUUCUGCGGUGCCACUUUCCACCGUCCUCAUCAAGCCGUGCGUCAGCAAAUCAGCAAAAUCCACUCAGACGUCUACAUUUCCUCGCGGGCCCGUGGCUCACCAGCGUACAUGUACGGGCUCGCACCCACAAACUUUGUCACACACGUCAACAAUGUCCCUACGCCUAAUCUCUCCGCUUUCCUUGUCGAAAUCAAGAAGAUCAAGGACAAUGAGUAUUUCCGCAUGAAAGUCAUGACAUUUGAUAAUGUCCCCUGGGUCGCUACCAUGAAGAAGAACGAGCACUACUUCCCUACUAUCGAGCAUAUCAAAGAUCCGUCGGAACCCCUGGGCUGGAAAAAGAUUAUUCACGAGUGUGAUGUCGGAGGCGCAAGAGAGGAAUUGGGACCGGAUGAGCUGGAAGCGGAUGCUGCUGAAGACUAGACGGAUGGUUGUUUGGGUAUAGACAAUGCGGGGCUUGAAAGAAAUUAAUAACCACUGCUAUUCAUCUUAACGCACAGGAGUCUCGGAUCAUCAUUCCAUGUAAAUGUGUCUAUGUACUGUACAGAAAAUAUCCCAAACCAGACCAAACAAUAAUUUCUCUAUCUCUGC